AUGUGGCGCACAUUGCUACGUGCUCACGCCCAAGCGCAUGAUUGGGACUUGCUUGAUGAGGCGUUGCGUACUAGUGCAGCUGCACAGGCCACCAGUCUUGUGGAUAUGUAUCGCUACCUUUUAUUGCGCUUGCAACAUGCGCCGCAUUCUCGUGAUUCACACACAGAAGUCAACGCUAUUCUCGUGCAGAUGCGGCGGAGUGGGACCAAGUUGGACGAUGCUACAUUGGCGCGCCUGCUUCAUGCUCUAGCAGCCCCAGUACGAUAUGCACUAGCCUCGCAUGCCUCGUCAGCCGAGCUGGCGAUGAUCAUCGCACCUGUGCAGCGCAUGUUAGAUGCGUUCUUUGAAUGGCUCUGCCACCAUAACCCUACGUCGCCCUCGGCUACGAAGCAUACCUCUUUACACAUAUACCAAGCUUCCAUCGCAGAGCUGCUCGAAUUGGAAAUGUUCCUUCUCAGCGCGCUGCAUACGAGCAAGGCCAAGGACUUGCAUAAGCUACGCAAAGCUUGUGCCCCGUUUCCACGCAAUGCCAGUACCGAACGGAUACGCACGAAAUUGGCGCUUGUGGCCGAGGCCCUACAAGGCAAAGAAGGCCGCUAUGACCGCGUGAAAAUUUCGCUAGAUGCGAUGAGUGGUCAAUUUCGUGAUGCCACAACAUCGUUGCGUGCUUGGAUGGAUCGCGAUGCGUCCCCCGCCGCGGUGUAUGCACAACGACGUGCGUUGGUGACGCUCUUUUCACAGGCUUGUCGAGCCUCACGCUCGCGACGUCUAGAGCCAAUGCUGCAAACACUGGCUCUAGGCUCCAAUCCAACGUUGUGGGAGGACCGGCAAGGGUACGUGACCGGCGCCCCAACACUGGUACGGCUGUGGACGCGAUUCAUUGGUGCUUGGGUGCAUGGCGUUGCUGUGCGCCGAGGCAAAAGGGCAAGGAUGGCUGCUAUGCAUGAUCCUUAUGGAUGGCCUAUCAUGGAGCAGGCCCUGCCCCUACUGCAAGUCACAGCGUCGCAAAUUCCCGGGCCUUGGACGCCCGUUUGGGAUCACCCAGAGCGAUGCCGAGCCUUGGUCGCGGCCAUUCGGUCAUCCCCUCCGUCUGACACAACCUCUCAACGUGUGAAGCAUAUGGAGACGUGCCUUGAGGCGAUGCGUGUACCGCCACGCAUUCAUCGUUGGAUUCAGCGUGCCAUCGACAUGCCAGUGACAACUACGACGCCCCCCACGCGCUGA